AUCUUCUUAAAAAAAAAAAACCGUUUUUCUUUGCCAAAACGUUUCUAAAAGAACUCUCAACGACUCAAAAUCGCACAGAGGAGCUUUUAUCGAAAAGAACAGACCUUUCUUAUCUGACGUUUGUCCUUUCAGUUCGUGUCGGCGAUGCAACACUCUCACUCGGAAGAAGCAGACUCGUGCGUGGCCACUGAAAAAUACGCGUGCUGGUCGAUCCGAGACGCUCACUUUCUUAACACCAUGACACAUCCCUAGCAUCGUAACUCUUGGUUUCGUCUCUUCUCCACCCACUUUUCAUGAAACAUAGAACCUCACCUGCAAGAGAAAGUAGUGCGAAAAUGUUGGACAACAAUAUUGGCGGGUAUGUUGGUAUGGGGGAAGGAUCCUCUCACAACUUACACAAGUACAAUAAGGUUUCAAUUGUACCUCUUGUAUUCUUGAUCUUCUAUGAGGUCUCUGGGGGGCCAUUUGGCGUCGAAGACAGUGUCCAGGCAGCCGGUCCCCUGUUAGCCCUUCUCGGUUUUCUGGUUUUUGCAAUCAUAUGGAGUGUUCCGGAGGCCUUGAUAACUGCAGAAAUGGGCACUAUGUUCCCUGAAAAUGGGGGAUAUGUUGUUUGGGUUUCAUCGGCUUUGGGUCCAUUUUGGGGAUUUCAGCAAGGUUGGGUGAAAUGGCUUAGUGGGGUGAUUGAUAAUGCUCUGUACCCUGUUCUAUUUCUGGACUAUCUGAAGUCAGCAAUUCCAGCUUUAGAAAGUGGUUUGCCAAGGACAGUUGCAGUGUUGGCUUUGACUGCAAUUCUCACUUAUCUGAACUAUAGGGGUUUAACCAUAGUGGGCUGGGUAGCUAUUUUACUAGGGGUGUUUUCACUUCUUCCUUUUAUAGUCAUGGGGCUGAUAGCAAUUCCCAAGAUAGAGCCUUCGAGGUGGCUUAUCGUAGAUGUGGGCACUGUUAAUUGGAGUUUGUACUUGAACACGCUUUUCUGGAAUCUUAAUUACUGGGAUUCAAUCAGUACUCUUUCAGGGGAAGUGGAAAACCCUAGUAAAACUCUUCCAAAAGCUCUGUUUUAUGCUCUAAUCAUGGUUGUUCUCGGAUACAUUUUCCCUCUUCUGACUGGUACUGGAGCUAUUCCAGUUGAUCGUGAAGUGUGGUCCGAUGGCUAUUUUGCUGAUAUUGCUAAAAUGCUGGGAGGCACAUGGUUAAGAACCUGGGUUCUAGCGGCAGCUGCUUUGUCAAACAUGGGUAUGUUUGUGGCUGAAAUGAGCAGCGAUUCAUUUCAACUUCUGGGUAUGGCAGAAAUCGGGAUGCUUCCUGCAUUCUUUGCCAAACGAUCUCGUUAUGGUACCCCACUUACGGGAAUCUUGUUCUCUGCUUCCGGUGUAAUUCUGCUCUCGUGGUUGAGUUUCCAAGAGAUUGUAGCGGCAGAGAACUACUUGUACUGUUUUGGGAUGAUUAUGGAAUUCAUAGCAUUCGUGAAGUUAAGAAUUCAGCACCCAAAUCUACCACGGCCUUACAAGAUACCUUUUGGGACUAUUGGAGCUAUUUUGAUGUGUAUUCCUCCCACAGUGUUGAUUUUUGUAGUUAUAGCUCUUGCUUCUCUCAAGAUCAUGGCUAUAAGCGUUGCUGCUGUGAUAGUCGGGUUUGUUUUGCAGCCUUGUGUUGAGUACAUUAAAAAGAAGAGAUGGUAUGAUUUCUCCAGGAAUUCUGACCUUCCAGAUUUCCAAUAUGCAUCAGUGUAAUGAACCAUGGUCUCAUUAAAGCUAGUUGUCAAUCGGUGUUUAAAUUGUUGGUUGUUUAUGACUGUUAAAAGUUACUGGUUGUCUUCUGACUUCUGAGAUUUCCUUUGCGAUAUGAUUUAUGAAAU